AAUAUGCAUAGUUGGCAAUGUGUUAUCACCAGAAAGCCAAUCACGUGUUUUGUAGAGCAUUGGUUGUAUCAAACGCGGAUAUGGUACUUUUCGAGGUGUGAGUGACGAUGAGAAUAUCAAGAACAUCCAGUCUCCAAGUGCCAUAACAAGUGAAGAAGACAAGUUGAAAUGUCCAGGUUUCUGAACGCCCGUUCUGCGCCUGUGUGGAAACGCCGCCGUCAUCCAGGAUACCCAAAGGGACAAGACAUGGGUCCGGGGCUGCAAUACGACUGUCGCAAGUUGUUCCUCGCCAUUUUUGUCAUAUUCAUGAGCAUCGAAGCAUUUAGAUGUGAGAGUUCCAGUAUCCAGUCCCUGAACACAACCCGUAACAUCACCACCCUGCUGGACUAUUUAUUACAUGAGGACAGAUAUGACCGUCAACUCAGACCGGGAUUUGGGGGUCCCCCUUCAAUUGUCCAGACGGAUAUCCACGUGAGGAGUUUUGGACCGGUGUCCGAGCUAGAGGGGGCAUACUCUAUGGACUGUUACUUUCGCCAGCAAUGGUACGACAAAAGGCUCACUUUCGAAGGAGAAAUGGAGAAGCUCUCCCUUAGCAUACACGUCUUAAAGAAAAUAUGGAAACCCGACACCUAUUUUUACAACGGCAAAAAGUCCUACCUGCACGCAAUAACUGUGCCAAAUAAACUAUUACGGAUUCGAAAGGACGGGUUAAUUCUCUAUUCUAUGCGACUGACAAUCAAAGCGAAGUGCCCGAUGCUGUUGCGGAAGUACCCCCUAGAUACUCAGGAGUGUCCACUGUACGUUGGAAGCUACGGACACUCCACGGAAGAUCUCAUCUACCAGUGGAAAUAUGGAGAAGGGGACUCUGUGAAAACCGAAGGCGAGCUAAAAAUGGCGCAGUUCGAACUGGCCGCUAUUCAUGAGUCCCACAUGAUAGAAGAUUUACCACAAGGAAAUACAUCGCUUCUGGCUGUCAAAUUUCAUCUCCAGAGAAACAUCGGCUAUUUUCUCCUCCAGAUCUACCUCCCGUGUUACAUGUUAGUGGGGACAUCGUGGAUAGCGUUUUGGAUUAACCGAGAGGGUGUUCCAGCUAGGCUGUACCUGCACAUCGAAGCAUUUAGAUGUGAGAGUUCCAGUAUCCAGUCCCUGAACACAACCCGUAACAUCACCACCCUGCUGGACUAUUUAUUACAUGAGGACAGAUAUGACCGUCAACUCAGACCGGGAUUUGGGGGUCCCCCUUCAAUAGUCCAGACGGAUAUCCACGUGAGGAGUUUUGGACCGGUGUCCGAGCUAGAGGGGGCAUACUCUAUGGACUGUUACUUUCGCCAGCAAUGGUACGACAAGAGGCUCACUUUCGAAGGAGAAAUGGAGAAGCUCUCCCUUAGCAUACACGUCUUAAAGAAAAUAUGGAAACCCGACACCUAUUUUUAUAACGGCAAAAAGUCCUACCUGCACGCUAUAACUGUGCCCAAUAAAUUAUUACGGAUUCGAAAGGACGGGUUAAUUCUCUAUUCUAUGCGAUUGACAAUCAAAGCGAAGUGCCCGAUGCUGUUGCGGAAGUACCCCCUAGAUACUCAGGAGUGUCCACUGUACGUUGGAAGCUACGGACACUCCACGGAAGAUCUCAUCUACCAGUGGAAAUAUGGAGAAGGGGACUCUGUGAAAACCGAAGGCGAGCUAAAAAUGGCGCAGUUCGAACUGGCCGCUAUUCAUGAGUCCCACAUGAUAGAAGAUUUACCACAAGGAAACACAUCGCUUCUGGCUGUCAAAUUUCAUCUCCAGAGAAACAUCGGCUAUUUUCUCCUCCAGAUCUACCUCCCAUGUUACAUGUUGGUGGGGACAUCGUGGAUAGCGUUUUGGAUUAACCGAGAGGGCGUUCCAGCUAGGGUACAGCUGACGGUGACCACCGUCCUGACCACGUGCACAAUUGGACUGACCGGCAGGGAUAACAUGCCCAAAGUGGAGUAUCUUACCGCACUGGACACCUUCCUCCUCAUAUGCUUCAUCUACGUGUUUGCCGCCGCUGUGGAGUUUGCCUCAGUGAAUUAUUUCACCAAAGGAGCCGGAGAUGGUCCCAAACCAGUCCUGUCUCCUCAGCCGCCUCUCUCACCAAAAACGCCGAAAAAGGCUGAAGAUGAGAAGGAGAAAGACGAAACAAAGCCCCUCCUCAGUAAGACCAUGUGGACGCGUCUUAUCAAUGGGACAACACACGUGGACAACACUGUGAAGGACUUUGAUGGAGAUUUUAGAGAACCGUGUUGGCAAACUUUUUUCCAUUGUCUGUUAGGCAACCCGGUAUACAGAAACUACAAACAAAGACUGCGGAAUCCUACUGGAGUAAACAGCAUCAGCCGAAUAGACAGAGCAGCCAGAGUAGUGUUCCCUGGAACUUUCAUAAUUCUGAAUUUCUUCUAUUGGCUGAUAUUUCUGUACUUCUGACGUCAUGACACGGGAAACAUGACCGGUGCAAAUACCACGUGACGGAAAAACGCAAAUCACUCAUUCAAAUGACAGAGUAUCUCUUGGUAUAUUUGUGUAUCAAUACGGACUUGAAAUUGAUACGCACAAAUUCAGAUCAACGUGUCAUUUACGCACUCCCUGUACGUUGCAUGCCAAAGUUGACCACAUUCCAAAUAAUCACGUUAUACACAUUAUUUUCACACACGAAGCAACCAGUGUGGAGAUUGAUAACUGGACAGACGUUACAUCCGGAAUUCAGUCUAUUGUACAUGUAUACAUAUAUCACAUCGUCACUUGGUAUCCAGACGCACAACUGUCCAUUGUGAUAGCGGUGACCGACUUAGAUCAAUGCCGCUGUAAUUAAAUUUCAGAGGUCUUUCAAUGAUGGUGAUUUUUUUUUCAUCCAUUAUAUAUUAUUCCUUUAUUAUAUAUCUCUAU